UACACGGAUAUAUUUCCCUGUAACAUUUCCGUUAUUUUGGUUGAGCAUGGCUACUACAGGUCAUUUAAACAGGCUUAGGUGUUUAUUUACAAGGUUUUCGAAUGUUAAUCAACUGAAAUACUGCACCGGAAUUGUGUCGGUCCUGCGCAAGUCAACUAUUCGUGGACCUUCCAUUGAAGACAACUGUACUGUGGAAAUCGGGGUUACGUCUGAUGGGAAGACCAUAGUGUGCUACCAUCCCACAGAGGAUGUUCCUUAUGAACUUACCCAGCCCAUUCCACGGCCAGACCCCCUGACUAAUCCGUCUGAGACGCACGAUCAGGUGCUGAAAGCGCACCUGGGCAGGGAGGUGCUGAAGAACAAACAGGCACCCACCAUCGAGGAGCUCAGCAAGAUGUUUCACACCACAAAGCACCGCUGGUACCCAGUGGGACAGUACCAUAUGCGACGCAGAAAAACAAAUCCUCCAAAAGACCGAUAGAUUUCACUGGAGAUGCAUGUUUGUGCUAUUUGUGUUGUGAAAUAAAACUAACAAAUC